GACUUUACAGUAAGCAUUUCAUGGUAAAGUCUACACCUGUUGUAUUUGGUGCAUGUGACAAAUAAAACGUGAUUUUAUUUGAUCUUAUGCGCUCAUAGUAUAGAACCUUGUCACACUGAUUGCCACCGCUAGAUGGCAGUAGAAGUGGCUAGGUUAUUUUUCACAUCUGUCUUCAUUACCUCCUCAACCACGUGAAUAAAGGAAAAGUCAGAGAGUUGUGGAAGGAGGCUUUAAAUUAGACACAAUAACAUACGUUUAUGUGGAGCUGCCUGGAAUACACUUACACUGCCCUACUUCCCAACAGUAAGAAAAGAGCAAAAGAAAAAGACGAGAUAAGAGGAGUGCGCUGCUGUGAGGCCCAGUGCAUGUGUGUGUAGCCUGUGCUUGUCCCUGACUCAGUGAUGAGAGCCUCCUGACUCAAUUGAGACAGACUAGAUUCAUAGCAUCAGAGCAUUCUCUGCCUUCCACUGCAGCCUUUCGGAUAACUUAUAUUCAAUGCUGAAGAAUACUGGAUGAAGAUAUAGAAAUAAGGAAUCGUUUUUUCUCCACUUGUUUUCCAAGGUGGUGUUAUUCUUCCUCUCAUGUGAAAUACCUCCUCCAAACUGGAAUAAUGUAUUUAUUUGGGUGCAGAGGCUCCUGGUUACCAGUGCUGCUUGGUACUGUAAGUGUGCUGGUGGUGCUGACAGCUGGUAACACUGGGCACAACCAGGACAGGGGGCAGGCUGGACCAUCCUGCUUCGGGGGCUUUGACCUCUACUUCGUUCUGGACAAAUCUGGGAGUGUGCAGCACCACUGGGUUGAAAUCUAUCACUUUGUGGAACAUCUGGCUCACAAGUUCAUAAGUCCACAGCUGCGCAUGUCCUUCAUUGUGUUCUCCACUGAGGGAAGGAUUUUGAUGCAGCUUACAGAGGACAGGGAGAAGAUUCGCAAAGGUCUGGAGGAGCUCCAGAGGGUACUUCCAGGUGGAGACACCUUUAUGCACGAGGGCAUCCAGAGGGCCAGUGAGCAGAUAUACUAUGGAAACUCUGAAGGAUACCGUACCGCCAGUGUCAUCAUAGCUCUCACAGAUGGGGAGCUGCAUGAGGACCUCUUCUACUAUGCUGAGAGGGAGGCCAACCGAUCGCGGAGUCUGGGUGCCUCAGUAUACUGCGUGGGGGUGAAGGACUUCAAUGAGACACAGCUGGCAAAGAUUGCUGAUAGCAAGGACCAUGUCUUCCCAGUGAACGACGGCUUUGAAGCACUGCAGGGGGUCAUUGAUUCGAUCUUAAAGAAGUCCUGUAUUGAGAUCCUGGCGGCGGAGCCCUCCAGUAUCUGUGCAGGAGAAACUUUCCAGGUGGUGGUUAGAGGAAAUGGCUUCCUCCAUGCUCGGAAUGUUGAUAAGGUCCUGUGCAGUUUCCGAAUCAACGACACACUCACCAAGAGUGUGAAGCCAUUAAUAGUGGAAGAUACAUAUCUUCUCUGUCCUGCCCCCAUUCUACAGGAAGAUGGAAUGGCAGCCAACCUCUAUGUCAGCAUGAAUGAAGGUCUUAGUUUCAUUUCCAGUUCAGUCACCAUUACAACUGUGAGCUGUUCUGAUGGAACCAUCCUGGCCAUCGCCCUGCUCAUCCUCAUGAUGCUCUUAGUCCUCAUGCUGCUCUGGUGGUUCUGGCCUCUCUGCUGCACUGUGAUUAUCCAUGAGCCACCUCCACCAGUAGUGGAAGACAGUUCGGAUGAGGAAUCAGAUUGGAUGCCCAAGAAGAAGUGGCCCACGGUCGAUGCUUCCUACUAUGGGGGCAGAGGUGUGGGUGGAAUCAAAAGGAUGGAGGUGCGUUGGGGUGAGAAAGGCUCUACUGAGGAGGGAGCCAAGCUGGAGAAGGCCAAGAACGCCAGGGUGAAGAUACCCGAGCAGGAGUUUAUACAGACCCCGAUUCGCAUUCUCAACAAUGGCAUGCGCAAGCCUCCAGGCCCUCACAAGUGGUACUCACCAAUUAAGGGCAAACUGGAUGCUCUAUGGGUGUUGCUGAGGAAAGGCUAUGACCGUGUGUCUUUGAUGCGACCACACCCAGGAGAUAAGGGCCGAUGCAUGAACUUCACCCGGGUCAAGUCCAAUCCUCCUCGCUACCCCCACUACAACCAUCACUCAGCCCCCAUCUACACCCCUCCAAGAGGCUGCAACCCACCGCCUCCCCAAGGCAUACUCCCCCCUCCCCCCAGCAGCCCCCCAGCCUCCCCCUCUCCAUCCUCCACCCUGCCUCCACUGCCCUCAACACCCCCUCCUUUUUCUACCACUCCUCCUCCUCCCAUUACUCCACCUCCUACCAUCACACCCCCACCUUACACUCCUCCUCCAACUCGAGCCCUUCCUCCAACCACUCUGCAUAUACCCCCUCCUCCUAUGUGCCCCCCCUCCCCUCCAACCCCUGCAUCCCCAACCAGCUCCCUGCCCACACCCCCUCAGGCCCCUCCUCCAGGACAAGGCUCCCUGCCUCCACCCCCUGCCCGCCCACCACCACCACGCCCCUCUCUGUAAAUCAUCAGCAGUGAUUGGGAGGGCAGGGGUUGACUAGUACUAGUACAAGGAAGAUCAACAGGAAUCACAACUGUCCCCUCAUUCCACUAACAGCCAGGAUAUCUGUGUGGCUCACACACUUGUCAGCGAUUUGUCUACAGUGGCCCAUGUACACAUCUAGGUCAACAGUACAAAGAGAAUUUGUACGGAUAUCUCCUGAUGGACAGCUUUCCAUAUAGACAUAGAUCUAUGAUGUCCAUAGAUGGCCAGGUCUGCACAAAACACUGUUCCCUUGCCAUGGCAAUGAGGGCUAAGCCCAUCUGUCCAUUCUACAACCAACAAAAGAAUGGAUAGAUAUCGUUGUGACAAAGCAAAGCCAAUUGUUGGAUGGUUGCCUCUUUUAAACAAUGAACUGAGGCUUUUGAGAAAAAAAAUGGGGAGAUGUCUCCAAAUGACAUUCCAAUAAUGUAUCAGUCUGAAUUUUCCACAUGCAAUAUUUGUUUCUCACAGACGAACAAGUUAUUAUGAGCAGCAGAAGGAUUCUUUGUAUCACAAAAAUGUCCCAGUGCUAAGCACCCUCUACAAUUAUUGUUGAGGACAAGUUUGCUUAAUGACAGCAUACAGGAUGAUUUAGCGCCUUAAAUGUGCCUUUAAUUAAAAACAUAAUGUUAUCGGAGAGCAAUUACAUUCCAGUGGUUAAAGUAAUUUGUUCAUCCAUGUGACAGUGUUUGAUUCAUAUGAUGGGUGUUUGUUAGUUUAUAGCAGUCCUAAAAUGUUUUAUACAUAUAGCAUGUAUAAAUAUGUCUUACUUUUUGUCUUUGUAUUGUUCAUUCAGUAUUGGAUAACUCUUUUGCAGAGUAUGAUUGUUGGGUGAAAUAAAUCAUCAUUACGAAUAAAUAACAAUACAUGUGAGCAUACGAGUCCUCACAAUUGUGCCAAAUUCCUCAGUCAGCAGUAUCAAUGGUUAAUGUUAUAUAGUUGGGUUUACAUUGCUGUAUUCAAUCUCAAAAUGUUAUGACAUAUAUAUCCUUGGCCUUCCUUUAUAUGUUUUUUUUUGGUCAUUGUUGCUCCUGUGGUUCAAUGUGGUUUAUUGAAGUCACAUACAAAAAAAAAAUCGAAUUACAUAUUGUGUAACUGACCAAAAAUCAUCAUAGGGUAAUGAUGACUUCAACGGUCUAUGGGUCAAAAUAAUGCACGCACCAGUUGGAUUAUGUAAUGCUUUGUGUUGCCCAUAAAACAGGAUGAGUUUUACGUAAACACACUUGAUGAAACGAUAUGUCUUAUCACACUCAGACACACAUGUAGGCAGGCAUCUGCUUGUGUGGUUCUGUGCCAGUGACUCUGAUCUUGUCCACACAAUGGAUUAGUAUCUCCCCUGCAGCAUCAGACACAUUAUUAUACCUCCAGAUGAGGUGUAAUAUAGCCCAGGCCUUCUACCUAUCCAUAAGAGGAAGAUUGGAGACACUCAUGGAAAGUUGGCUUUGUACCGAGUCAAGUUCAUGAAGUACACAUUGAUGUACAGAUGUCUGGUUUUGUAUAGUAAAAGGCGCAUCCAAAUAUUUAGUAGCCUGAAUAUGUGUAGCAAAUGAAGGUAUUUUAUGUUGGGUCUAGAAAACUUGAAGUGGAGUCACUCUCCGUGUUCCUUUGUGAUGAAAUCAAAUUUUCAUAACAGACUUAUUGACUUUACCUAUACCUGCCAGGCUGUCAGGUCAGAAGAAGUGUACUGUAGCCUGGAGACUGGAAAGCAAGGCAGUAUAAGCAAGUACAGUGUUACCUGUCAUUGCUAUGUUACCAAUUGUCAUUUAGAAUUUAUGAAGUAAACCUUGAAACCUUGAAGUAAUUUA